CUGCAGUGCCGGAAAAAGGCUGCGACGGCGAGUGGCUCGCAAAGGAAGAGAAUAAUUCCCUGAUGGAGUCGACGCGUGGUCACUAGAAAAGAAAGCGAUAGUCAACUUAUCAAGACUUUCUUGACAUCUCGUGCCAGAGGUUGUAUUGGCAUACAGAUGCCUUUUUCUUUAUGCUUUCGAGACGAGAACACAUGCACAUGCACCACUUGUUGGUCAGUUCGCCAACCCGCAGCAGGGCUUUUCCCACUAUGCAACUGGCUGGCGACACAGACACACACUACCGACCAGAUAAGGAAGUCGAUAAGCCCAUCAUGAGACGCACUGCCAAGCGAUUCGCCUGCAGCCGUCGUCAUCAAGCCGCCGCCCCCGCUGUCCGGUUGGACCAUCGCCCCCAAGUGGAAUGCGCGUCAAUCAACGGGCGGUUGUGCCAUCCACCAGCUGCUGCGGCGACGGUGGCUGUCCCGCGGAUGUCUAGCCUAGUGCAACCGAAUAGACAGCAGACCAACCAAUAAGUUAGGGGUAGUGUACAGUGUUAGGUUCUGCUACUACCGUAGAUGAUAACCCUCUGGCUGGCGGCGUCUUUUGCCAUCGGAAGCGAGAAUGCGACCGCGCCAUGAGCCAUGGCGACGGGGGAACUGG